UUCGAGCCGUUCGGUACGCGUUUCUGACAUGUCCUGUGGUGGAGAGUAGAACAAACGUGGAAUAGACGAUACGCAUAUGUGUGCUUCGCCUGCGGGAGGCUGCGUUUUUGCAUUUGUUAUCCUUAACGGCGACGAGAUUCACGUGCGCCAUUCGUGUUCACGGGUCCAGUUCCGGUGCUUUAUGCCGGGUCAUAGCGAGGCGUGUGCCAAGUCUGUGUGUGCGCGCUUGAGUUCGUGUGCUCCUUUCAAAUGACAGAAGGGGGCGAUAUCCGGCGGGAGCAAUACGAUAGCAGCCAUAAUGAAUGCUAAUUCUGGCUAUCCUUUCGGGAGGGAGUAAUUGUGAGCUAGUAUCAAAUUGAUAAGUGGUUAUUAGCAUUUGACUUCCGGGAAGUUUGUCGGUCGGUAGCACCGGAAAAGGCUCUUAGGAAAGUUUUCGCUUAUCUUGAGAGCGCGCUUUACCGAAAGUGUGAUUGUUUGUGGCAUUCUUUUGGAUUAACCAUGUGCUUUCGGGGGGCGUCAGUAGUGAUGAAGUGAGGCGCAGAUGUGAACAGAAAUAAAACGGAAGAUUACUUCUCCGAGCGAAGGGUCGGAGCGGAAGUGGAAUUAAGUUCAACUUGAGCCUAAAACUUCUUACAAUUGCUGCGGCAACGGAGCGCUGGAGAACGAUGUGAUGAUAGUUUAUAAUAAGGAUUAAGAGAGCGAAGGAGUGCGCGGUGCUGAGCGAAUUCCCGCAGUGUGUGUAUGUGUGUUUGGGGGGCAGCCGGUCGGCGUGAAACGAGGGAAAAGCGAUUUUCCGCUCCCUGAAUAAGUGGUUCAAGUGUGUGUCAGGCUGUUUAGAAGAGAGCGUAACAGCGUAGAGGAAGUAAAAAUAAAUAGAAUAAACAGUAAAAUCGAAACAAGAAGAGAUGCUUAGCUCGGAUUAACCGUAUCGCUUGUUUCGCUUUGUCCAGAUUCGACGCGUUUUGUGCCGUUUUGAAGGAAGCGUCCCCUGGAGGAAUUCCUUGUUGGAUCUCCGCUGCCGCUUCGCAUUCGUUUUUUGUGUGUGUUCAGUGGGUAUUGGAAUUGGGUUCGCAUUUUUUGCGCCUUGGAAAGAAAGUGUUCCAGCGGAAUUGAGCCCGAGACGAGUUACAGUGGAGAAGGACACACAAACCGUUCGUGAUGACCGAUAAAGAUAAAUGUAUCUUUAUUAACGCAAUAAUUGCGCUGCUGUUGGCUCAUAUUUGCGCGGCCGCCCCGGGAUUGAGGAAUCUGGCGCUUACCAUCAAACCGUCCUGGGUAAGGAGAGGCCAGGAAGCCCAGCUCCACUGCCAGUAUGAGAUGGAGGGAGCCCCGCUUUACUCGGUCAAAUGGUACCGAGGAACGCUGGAGUUCUACCGGUACUCGCCGUUCGAAAAUCCGCCAGCGAAGAUUUUCCCAUACACCGGGAUUAAGGUCGAUAUGACAGUUUCCAACGCGACUCACGUCACCCUGCGCAACGUGGGCUUCAAUCUGUCGGGAAACUUCACCUGCGAGGUGACGGCGGACGCGCCCUCCUUCUACACCGGCGUUGCCACCAACGUCCUGACGGUUGUCGAGCUCCCCCACUCACCGCCCACGCUGUGGACCGAGCACACAAAGUACGACCCCGGAGACAUCCUGCGGGCAAACUGUUCGACACCACCGUCCAAGCCGGGUGCAACAAUCACAUUCCUGCUAAACAGCAUGACGGUGGGUACAGAACCAACGGUGCUCCACCCAACGCACGACAACCUACAUUGGGCGUCACGGGAUCUUAACAUCCAGCUUCUGCCCUCGCACUACUCCACCGGCCAGCUAAUCCUGCGAUGUUUGGCCGAGGUGGGUACCAUCUACUCGGAGGUGUCCCAGGCGCCCCUGGAGAGCAGCCGGAAGGAACCCAUCCCCGAGCGAGUAACGUCAGCCAACGGAACAACCCGUCCCAAACUGUCCCCGUGGAGUGGUCUGGUCGUAGCCCUGGCAGUGAUCCUGAGUUCGUCACUGCUGAGCGCACAACGCCACCGCCACUACCAUCAACCGCACCGACCGCAAUCGGUCAGUGUGAGAUAGUUUCCCGCCAGCGUCAGAACCGGCCGGGGACAGACGAUCAACGAGAAAGCAGCUGCUUUCGUACCGAUAGUCAAUCCUGUGUAAUGUUAUGUCCAAUUAGAAUAUUAUUUCUGUCCCCGACAGUGGUCCUUCCACGAGCUGGAUACGACUGUUUUUAUUUUUGCACGAAGAGAUGAAAUCAAAAUAGACAGGCAACCGUGGGAUCUGGGGAAUUAUGUCCAAAUUGCAGUGACGAUUUUUUGAAAUUGUUUUUUUUAUUCAAUCAUAGUAGCAUCUUACGGAUUCUUUUUUUCUUCCGCGUUUUUUUUUCAUUGUUAUUCCAGAAUUUUAAAAGGUUGUAAUUAUUCUGCGAUAAAAAGAUGAAUAUGAUAAAGAAGGAAAGAAACAAACUGUGUAAAGAUUUGUCAUAAAUGUAUAGAUUGAAACGCGGAAUGAGUGGAUUUGGGUGAUUGAGCAAUUUGAUAGAACAUAUUUCAAUGAUUCCUUUCCUUAGUCCAACGAUACAUACAAAGUGGAAUCACUGCCCAUGUAUAUUUUUCUAGAAAUGAUAGAAGUGCGCAUAUAAAAAAUCCAUUUGUCCUAUUUUUCAAAAUGAGGUUGCUAUAACAUGUGAGGUGCGUUCCACAUUCAUAACGUCGUUUAUAAGCUCAGCUCGUGAAAUAGACAAAUCCCGAGUGGAUUGAGGAUUACCUUUUUCCAUUUUCUAAAAGACAGCCCUACUGUACAAUUUUUUUCAAACUAUAUUUUUGCGGCUUUUUUUCCUUGUGCUUUCACAAAAUCCCCCUGCUUUGCACGGCGACUAAUGUGAGAAGGUGAAUGGCGUGACGAUAGUUUGUCAUUAUGGACACCUUACACGAUCAAAAUUAUUGACAAAAAAUGUCUUCGAUAUCAUGACAGUCAGGUUUUUCGAUCCGAUUUAACUUCAAUCAAUAUUUUACAAUCUUACAUCAUCAAUCCGGGACAACGAAAGUAUCCGCGAUAACUAAUGGCGACAUUCGAGUUUGAGAUUCAAGCUAUUCUCCAUCAGAUUAAAAAACUCAAAGGCAAUUUUGAAAGGAUAAAAUUUGAACGAAAAUUUCUACUUAGCAUUAGCAUUAAUUACUCGAAGCCCGUAGUCCUAACACACAAUUUUCGUAUAGGAUUUUCUCAUCACUUGGAGAAGAAAAGCGAUUUGCAUUCGCAUAGAAUACUAAUUUGAUUCGAAAUAGGUUAAUUUUCAUUCAUAAUUUACACUUUCAAAUUCGUUUUUCCUUCUCAAAAACACAUCAUGAUACUCGCUUCACGAAUAUAGGCUGUUCCUUUUAGUUUCAGAGAUGUCAGUUUUGUUUAGUUUGCGCAAAUAUUUGCAAGUUAUGUUAUCCACAAGCAAAUGUUUUUAUUCUAUGAAUAAGAUUAUAUAAAACUUAAAGAUCACGUAUACCUUGGAUUAAGGCAUGUUUUUUUCCGUCUGUAAUGUUCUCAGAUUAUCUCAUUCUCCAAAUUUCAUAAUUAACAUAGUUAAAAUUAACAUUAAAAAAAACUCCUAAAACAUUGUUACGCUUCAUCCACUCUCUCAGCAUUACAUUAUCACUCUAUUUUGAGGUUUUGAUUCGUAUUGCGAAAAGUACCGUAUUUUGCCAUUAAAAGUAUUAUUUUUCCAAACCAAAUGCUUUCUGGAGUUUCAGAAGUUUAUAAAAUUCAAUUUCGAUCGCAAAAAAAGUCUAACAAAAAUGUCUGAAAAUUUAUAGGCGCGCUUGCAAAUCUGGCACCUCAUUCUCGAAGCCCGUGAGGUAAAAUGUCAAUAUCAUGCAUUUAUAUGAAAUGUCAAGAUAUAGACGCUCGUAAUCAGAAAAUCCGGAAUUCUGUGUCCUAGGCAUACCCACUCGCAACUCGAAAAUACACCGAUGGCAAUUCAGGCCGAGGACAGAGCAAACGCGAAGCGGAACGUUUGCUCAAGUGGGAAAUUUUGCGAGAAAGCUCUCUCAUCUACGAGUACAAAAAUCACUUGAACUCGUAAGGCUUUGCCAUAGUUAACACGACGCAAUGCGAUUGCCAAUGCGACUAAGGCUAGGGUUACUUUGGAUCAGAGUACGCACGAAUAUUUGAUUGUACGAAGAGAAACAAACAAAUUUUGUUCGAUAGAAGCUGACGAAUCAGAACGAAGCAAGGGGGAAGCAACGUAACCACACCAAUACAACUCAAUGUGGUUGUUUACUUUCACUAUUGCAUACAAUUCGUACGACCACUUUUCUGCAUCCAGUGUCACCGCCGCCUAUGACGCUCGUUCAGCGUUUUGUCGCAUGUGAAUGCAAAUGGACCAAGGGUGACGAGCGACUUCCACAAAUAUCGAACUUAUCGAACGAAUAAGAUGGCGGAAGAUGUGCCUAGUACUCAGCCCGCUUGAUCGCUAAACUGACGAUGCCCCAGUUGCCAGAACUGAGCAUGCCCCACAUCUUCUCUCUACUCCGAAAAAAAAAGUUAUUAAAAAAAUACGACAAAAGCAAAUACAUGUGGUUUUUGUUUCAGUGUAUUUUCCUUCUAAUAAAACAUUUGAGCCACCUUUGGAAUGUAUGAGCUAAUUGAUGACGUUUAACUAACAAAAUGUCGAGUCAAGUUCUGUCCUCCAUACGGUCGUCCCGAGUCCGUACUUGUUCUGCGCAGCCGUCCCGACCCGCAAAAAAUUUUGCUUCCAUUUUUACAUAGCACGUUUGUCCCGAUCCGCACUCCUAUCAUUAUAAUUUUUCCAUACGGUCGUCUUGAGCUGUACUUGUUCUGCGCAGUCGUUCCGCUCCGCAGAUAGUUCUACUAUUAUUUUUACACAACACGGUCGUCCCGAUCCGCACUCUUAUCAUAAUCAUUUUUUCAUACGGUCGUCCCGAUCCUCAAAUAUUUAUACUUCCAUUUUCUUUUGUAUCCAUACGGUCGUCCCGAGCCGUACCCUUUUGUGUGGUCGUCUCGAUCCGCGCUAAUCCACUUUAAUUCUACGGUUUCAUCCUACGGUCGUCCCGAUCCGUACUUAUUAUAAAAAAAUAUCUAUUUUUACCUUGCUAUAUUUAAAAAAGUGGAACAUAUUGGUGUUAAUAAUUUGUUAAUUUUCCUUGUGCAUUUUUAGAGUAACGCUCAUUAUUAAAAUAUGAUCCGUCAUCUUGAGUUUCCAUGCGUUACUGCGAAAUAACAGGUAAUAAUGCAAUAGAUUUACAAGACUGAUGUGCAUCAGUACUUUUUCUUGUUAAUAUCGUCUACUAAACACAGAAACAUAAUUUAAAAAAAUAUAUAUUUUGUUUUGUUACCAUACAGCAACCAAAUAGCGAAUUCGUUUUUGAAACUGGGUUAGUUCCAAACUGACUCUGUAAUAAAAAACACGUUUUUGGGUUCACGAAUGAAGCGGUUUGUUGGUGUGCGUUAUAUAGUCUGAUUUGUUUAUAUUUGCGAUGACAAAUGUACAGUGUCGACGUCUGGUGGCGAUAUUAGUGCUUGGGAGGUAAAUUAUUCUCUAUCAGUUCAGAAGGACCAAGUGCAGUGAAAAAUUAUAAAAGUUUGAGUGAAAAUUUCUACGAAGUAGAAAUGAAGUAGUUGUUUGAUUACCUAUCACAUGUAGUUCUGAAGCUCACUUAACCAUUUGUUGAUGCAUUUCCUGUUUGUUCUACAAAUAAUUACCAUCAUAAUAUGAAAUCUUCAUCAGACACAGUUUUCGUUUAGUAUUCUUUUGCUAUUUCGAAAAAGAAACCUUUUAUUUCAUCACAUAAAAUACAUAUUCAAUAGGUAAAAGUAACUUUACACUCAUUUUUACCUCCAAUGAAAGCACACGAAGGUCAAUGCCGUCUACGCGAAUAUACUCUUCAAAAUCAGAAUCCGAAUUGGAUCACGAUUCCAAUGAUACAAAAGCAAAAGCAUCAGGUUUCCCAUUUUCAUCGUCAUUAUUUUUGGAUUUUCGGAAAAACAAAAAAAAACAAACAGAUUUUUUCUAAUUUCACACACGGUGAAAUUACCAAAUGUACUUCGGAAACGUGCCACUUUAGUGUCACUUAAUUCCUCUGAUAAUAUUUCGGUUCAUGGCGGUUUCCGAUUAUUCUCGCUCCUGGCAGGAAGUGUGUCCCGGAACGUCCGCAGGAUCUCCCGUUGCCUUAAGGUGGGACCCCAGUCUGGAAGGUCGAAAAAAUCGAUUUUUUUUGUUCAUGCAUUUUUAUAAAGCAUAUGCCAUCCGAAAUGUUGUCCUAACAGGAUUUUUCGAUAUUUGAUUCUAUUGGAAAGUUGUAGCCAAAAGUAUGAGGUCAACUCAAGGGAUAUAGUAUUGUUGUACGAAUUUUAAACGCUUUUUCCUCGAAACUAUGUUUUUUCAACUGGUGGUACAUAGCCGUUUUUUUAAUCUCAUUUUUUCGAUUUUUUGAGCCUCUAAACAGCGAUUUUUCAUAAAAAAUAACUCAUUUUUAACAAGAAUGGCCAUCAUUUUGGCAAUUUUUCAGUUUUUAAAAACUCCUAUGCAACGCUUUAGGUAUUGUCCUAUUCAUUGGAAUUCGUUUUACGACACCCCGUUGCUUCAGAACCGAUACCGAUUUCAGACUGCAUCCAUGCAUCCAGCUGUCAACACCACAAUAAUCAUUAUUCCUGCACUCAAAACAUGGAAAAUACAUCUUCAAAUAUACCUUAAACAGUAACUAAAAUACUAGCACACUUCACUUUAUUCCUAAUAUCCGAAAAUAAAUCGCGAAAUUUCUUUUCAACCUUCCAAGCAGAGGUCUCCCCUUUAUUACAGCUCUUUCUGAUCUCUGAUAGCUGUAUACACUCGAAGUAGCAAAACAUUUUCUCAUCCGGGGAGAGGAUCUCACAAACCGUGUGCCCCUUGAGAAGGUUACGAAAUCUUCGAGCGUUUGCUACACUCAAAGUUAAUUUUUAGCACAUGUUAUGGCAUCCAGAUUUAUUACAUUAAAUGAGCUGAAAAAUAACAAAAAAUGUUCUACUCCCCAAUACAUGUAUAUCAUUUGUAUAAUAUAUAUGCUAGAGCCAAUAUGAGCGAGGGAAACAGGAGGCACAUUUGAAUGAAAGCGUAUGAAAGCUUUUCGUAUAGUUUGCCAAAUACACGUCCCAGACAGAGAAAGAUAUAUUCUCGUUCAUGUUCUUCUUUAUCCUCUUAGAAAACACUUUCCAACUUCAUGUUAUGAUGAGGUGUAAUAUUAUCACGCUUCUUUAUAACAGCAAUGGCAGCUAUAUGGAUAGCGUUGUCGUAUGAAAUAGCUUUGCAUUCCAGCCGGCCUUGGUUCGAUCCCCAUUGACGUCGUAUGGACUUUUUUUUGGCACAAUCCCAAAUGAAAUGUGAAAAGACAGACAAAGACAGAAAAGACAGAAAGUGAUGUAUGCUUGCAUACAUACAAACCAUUUUUAAGCUUUUAAAACAACUCAUUAUUUGCGCCCCAUUUAACCCUCCAGCACACGAAAUGGUAUCGUUUCUGCCAAAGAUGAAAUGUUUUCAGCCAACGCUAGUUUGGGUGUACCUUCGGUUUGUCAGUGAGACCGUGAACGUGUUGUUUUAUGUUAGAUGUAAGUCCAAGGUCCAUUUUCAAAAUAUGUUGCAUGGAUAACUAAGACAUUACUAGCCUCCAGACCGUCUGAGGUCCAGAUUGAUUAGGAUUUCGACAAAUCCGAUGUUGACUUGUUUUCACCGCACUUGGGGUUGUAAAGGACCGCUCAAAGCUUGGGUUGAAUCUUUCACGAAUUAGUCUGCUUAAACUGGUUUAUGGUACUAAAGAUAAAUCUUCUGUUUAUUUCGAGCACCUGCUCGGUUUUCAAAAACAAUAACCAGUUUGCUUUUCGCGUUCUCUUUGACGCCUGAAGACGCCUGAAACGUAUCAAUUAUCAACAAAAACAUGACAUUCCAAUACACUUCAAAAUGAAACCACUUAAAUUUGCAUUCAACUUAUAAAUUUCAAAUAAUUCAAUUUGGAAUAUCGUUGACAGUUACUCUGAAUCACCCUGCAAAGCUCACCUUCAACAUAGUUCCUCAAUACAAAACUGCAAGACGGCCAAUUGAUAUGUGCAUCUUAUGUGUAUUUUUUCUGAACCCUAGAUCUCUAGUUGAACUCGUAUUUUUGAAACGCACCUCACAUUGUGAAACCAUGGCGUAUUUUGCCUAGAAACACGUACAUAAAACUUGAACAUUUCACAUCUUUCUCAGAAUUACUUACUCUCUCGCAAUCCAGCGUAUUUAUUAACCGACACCCGUCGAAUUCCUCCCGAGCACAUCUCCUUUAAAUCCCACGUACCAAUCAAGAGGGUCAUCGUUGUUUUUAUUUGUUUUAUAGCCCAUUGUUAUUCAAUUUCCAGAACCACAAAUGGCUCAUUAAAUCAUGAAAGCCUUAUAUGUCCAUCCAGGCUUUGGCCAUUAAAAUCGACAUCCACACCCUGUCGUUUCCGGUUUUUUUAUGACUUUUGAAACUCGGCAAACAAAAAACAACAGGAACACAAACAAACGAAAAAGUUCCACAUGUUUCCAGACGGAUGCAUGCGAUGUGUAUGUGUGUGCGUGUGUGGACGUAUGUGUGACCGACGAAGUCCUUGUCAGUGUGUUGCAACGUUCCAAAACUCCUACCAAACAGUGGAGAGGAUGAAACCCCAAGCAAACAACAACAAAAACGAUGUGAAACGCAGAUAAUUACAUUCCGACGAAUUGGCGUUGUAAAAUGUGGCCACCGAGAGGCACCGGACACAAAACCGUACUUCCAGCGGAAUGAUACAACCACGACGGCAAGCAAAAUGCCCAAAUAAAAACGACAAACUGAUUGAACAAAAACAAAAUAUGUUGAUGUGAUGUAAACGAAUGCAGAGAGGUGUAUACAUAAUCGUAAGACAUUAUUUUGAUAAAACCAUGUACGAAACAAAAGGAAAAAAAAUAAGAUUGUGGCCCUAUCAAUUAAGAAAUUUAUGCUAACUUUAUUGUUAUUAUUAUUAUUGUUAUGAAAAUGGGUUGGUUCGUGCCGAAGGAUAAACACUAUGAACGAGACCGAAUAAAAUACACAGGAAUUCAGAAAAGCAAUUUCGUUUACAUUUUGUGUGAAAUCUUCAGCAGAAAAGGCAGCGAACAAAAAAAAACACGAGUUGAAAAACGCGAUGUUUAUAGAAAAGGGAAUUAUAUAAAUGUGAGAUUCAAUGUAGCAAAGUCACUUGAACAAAGUGAUAAGAGCAAACACAGAUAGACAUUAACUGUCCAGCUAAGAAUUGUACAUAUACGAUAAUUGAGUCAUUUUUGUGCUGCGAAUUAAGACAGAAAAACUACCAAAGAAACAGAAACCAGUAUAUGAACCGCUACUGCUAUA